AACAAGUAAGCGGAUACGCAAAGCAUAAACACCAGCGAUCAAUAUCGGCGGAAAUCACACGAGUGGCUGAAGUCAGCGAAUGUAAACAAUGCAUAUAAGCCAAGUUCAAUGAGCCAAAUCCAAGUAAACAAAUGAAUUUAGCAACAAAACCGGUUGCUCCUGCUUAUAUUGCUUUCGUUUCGAUUCUGGCUGCUAUCAGAAAAGCCCAAAACUCGUGUCACAAAAGUCAAGAAGCAUCCGAGCUGAUAAUACAGCUCGGGAAUUAAACAAAAGCGUAUUUUUUCGUUUGAAAUUAAUAAAUUCAAUUCGGCACGUGCGCAAAAGCGACAAUAAUCAAAAUGUAUAAUGUACGCGAAUAACCUUUAUUGUAUUUCAAACAGAAAGUGCAAAUAUAUUGUAACGCUUUUAGGAAUCUAUGUUUGAAAAAAAUGCACUCUGUUUGCUCUCUACACAUUCACGUUUAUAGAAUUCAAAAAUAAAACUUUUGUACUGCCCAUCUAUGGUAUAUUGUGUCGCUUUUUUCACUGUGUGUCCGUUGGCUUUCGGUUAAUUGGCACUUGGAAGUUGGAAGUUGCCCGGCUGGUUUCUGCUUUCCGAUCUGGGAUCGCCACUUGUCGAGCUGACCCCACUGCAGUCCGCACCUGGCGCUGAUCAAGAACGGAGGAUGCGCAUUCGGUCUGCCCGUUCCACACCCACCCGUGUGUAUCUGCACCUUCUGAUGGUGUGGCUGCCACUUUUGGCAGUUCACGCCACGCCCGCCAUAAGUCCGCAGUCGCUGCGCGGCAUCAUCUUCCCCAAGGAAACCUUCGAUGAGUGCCAACUGGACGACGUGGCGCGGACGAAGGGCACCUGCCGGCGCAUGGAGUACUGUCCCAGUGCCCUGAACGGCUGGCUGGAGCGUCGCGAAUCGCCCAAGACCUGCUACUUUGUGAGGUUCGACCACUACGUGUGCUGCGCCCCAGCUGCAGCUCCAAUUGUCACCCGAUCCAGCCAGCAGGCCUGCAACGAACUGAACAAGGUGUCAAAGGUCAAAGAGAGCGACGAGUUCUUCGUGUCGGUGGUGGGCGGCAAGCCCACCCGUCCGCGGGAGUUCCCCUUCAUGGCGGCACUGGGCUGGCGCUCGAACUUCGAUCAGCGGAUAUACUAUCGAUGCGGCGGCGCCCUGAUCGCCAACAACUUUGUGCUGACCGCAGCCCACUGUGCCGACUUGGGCGGUGAGCCACCCAGUCAGGUGCGCCUCGGUGGCGACAAUCUAACCCUGACCGAGGGCGAAGAUAUAAGCAUUCGGCGCGUGAUCAUCCAUCCGGAUUACAGUGCCAGCACGGCGUACAACGAUAUUGCGCUGCUGGAACUGGAGACGGCGGCCAAGCCGGAACUGAAGCCCACCUGCAUCUGGACGCAGAAGGAGGUGGCCAACACGCUGGUCACGGCCAUUGGUUAUGGGCAGACCAGCUUCGCCGGCCUAUCCUCCGCCCAGCUGCUGAAGGUGCCGCUGAAGAGCGUGAGCAACGAGGAGUGCCAGCCGCACUACCAGAAGGAUCAGCUGGCCCAGGGCGUGCUGGGCACGCAGAUGUGCGCCGGCGACAUAACCGGCGAGCGGGACACCUGCCAGGGCGACUCCGGCGGACCGCUGCUCAUGCAGGACGGCCUGCUCGGCUAUGUGGUGGGCAUCACAUCGCUGGGACAGGGAUGUGCCAGUGGACCGCCAUCGGUCUACACCAGGGUCUCCAGCUUCGUCGACUGGAUCGAGGGCAUUGUGUGGCCAGUGCAGCAGGUGACGAACACACCGAAGCCCAUCCAGAUGGCGACCAGUCCCGAAUUCGAUCUGCGGGCGACGAUCUGAGUUUUGCUUUUGACAACUUCAUAUAUACAGGAAUAGAUCUACAAGAUGAUCCAGCAAGAAAUUAUUUGAAUAUUUACAUACACAUAUAUUAGGCAAAUCAACCAAUUUCAAGAUGACGCAUGGGAAAUAUUUAUUUAUGAGCUCGUUUAGUGUUUAAAACUUUAUUUAAACUUACCCGUAAGCGAAAGCCAACUGCAUAUCAGCGCAUAUCGAAUCAACAAUUGAGAUUUAAAUAAACAGAACAAUAUUUAUAGCAA